GGUGUCAUGGAGGUUAUGAGUCAGAGCAUGACCUCAGCGGUCUUGCUGCCUUCUGCUCCUUUUGUGGAGAGGCGGCUGAGCAAAAGAGAGAAGAACAGGAUUAGGUGUCUGAGGAGGAGACAGAGGAAGAGGGAAAGGUGGAGACAGAGUCAACUGCAGGAGAACAGACAGAGCUCAACAGGGAACCCAUCCAGCAGCAGCAGUGAAGAUGAUGAGGAUUUGAGUGCCGGGGACAGAGAAGGCUACAUCUGCGCCGUGUGUUUGGACGUCUACUUCAGCCCUUACAUGUGUCAUCCCUGCAACCACAUCUUCUGUGAACCCUGUCUGAGGACACUGGCUAAGAACAGCCCCACUAACACACCCUGUCCCCUCUGCAGAACAAUUAUCACACAUGUCUUCUUCCAGAAAGAGCUAAACCAAACUGCGAGGACAUUCUUCCCAAAGGAAUAUCUGUCCCGGAAACAAAACUUUCAGAAAGCAAGUUGUGCAAAAUGGCCUCUCCCGAGCUGCAGAAAACUCUUUCGUAUCUUUGGAGGCUUCCAGAGGCAGUCCAGUCCCAUUGCCAGACGCCAGUUCCCCCAUGGAGGAGGCUAUCGCAUGGACGCUAUGGACUUUGAGGAUGACUCCCGUGGCUGGCGUUUUGACAUGGACAUGGUUAUCAUUUACAUCUACUCUGUCAACUGGGUCAUUGGCUUCUUCAUAUUCUGCUUCCUUUGCUACCUCUUCUUCCCAUCUUUCUGAUAUUCAGAAGGAGGAAAGGUUGAUAUAAUGUGAAAAAUAAAGUAAAUUCGAGACGAAGGAAGCCAAGAGUAGCUAAACGUGUAGAUGUAUGGGAAUAGGUAAAACAGAGAUGUGACGUUUAAUGAAAAGUCAUUGGUAAGUUUCAAGCAGAUGGGAUGACUUGGUGGAUAUACAAUGACAGACAACAGUGUGGCCACUUCUCGUCUCUCACUAAUAAAUGAUUGAAAUGUGAAAAUGGUGUUGGAGAUGUUUGGGAAUCCAAUGUUUCCUGUUGUGAUGCACAUGAAAUGGGAGUUACACAACUUGAAAUGUUUCAAUAAGAAAAGAGUUGUUACAGGUUCAUGGCUGUAUUGGUUACACACUGGAAUCAUGAUACGUUUAUAUGACAGAAAACAUCAAAAAAAUAUACGGUUCAUAAAAUAACGGUAACAGUAUUUUGUAAAUUUGACUUAAUUGACACCAAUUGAUAAUACAGUUUGUAAUGAAAUGGUUUACAGUGUAUCUAAAUAAAUAAAUAAAUACAUAAAUAAAAGACUAUUAUAUUUUGAUACUGAAUUACUGGAGGUUGGAGAUUCUAAAUGUACUACGAAGGCUAUCAUAUAUUCCUGUGAUGGUGUAAUAAAAUAUUACAGCUUU